AUGUCGGGAGUUAACUCCCGUGGCACUUGUGUCUUGGACGGCGCCCGCCACACCCCGGCCGGAGCCGGGGCGCAGCAAGCGCCGCCAACGCAAAAGCGGCGCCCGCCGCACCCCGGCCAAGGCCAAGAGCACGGCAAGCGCCGCCAAAGUGAAAGCGGCGCCCACCGCACCCCGGCCGGAGCCAAGAGCGCAGCAAGCGCCGCCAACGCAAAAGCGGCGCCCGCCGCACCCCGGCCGGAGCCAAGAGCACAGCAAGUGCCGCCACAGCCAAAGCGGCGCCCGCCGCACCCCGGCCGGAGCCAGAGCACAGCAAACACCGCCAACGCAAAAGCGGCACCCGCCACACCCCGGCCAAGGCCAAGAGCACAGCAGGCGCCGCCAAAGCAAAAGCGGCGCCCGCCGCACCCCGGCCGGAGCCAGGAGCACAGCAAGCGCCGCCAAAGCAAAAGCGGCGCCCGCCGCACCCCGGCCGGAGCCAAGAGCACAGCAAGCGCCGCCAACGCAAAAGCGGCGCCCGCCGCGCCCCGGCCGGAGCCAAGAGCACAGCAAGCGCCGCCAACGCAAAAGCGGCGCCCGCCGCACCCCGGCCGGAGCCAGAGCACAGCAAGCGCCGCAGAAGCGAGCAAGUGCCAUUCGCCAGUGAGCAAGGAUACUAGACACAAGUGUCCGACACCUUAG